CAUUACAAUCUUUCGGUUGAACCCAGACAAACGUUGAUUGGCAAAGACCUUUGAAGUUGUGAGGUAGCGGCGAUAGCAGCUACGAUAGUUUUAAUAUUUUAACGCUUACCCAUAUCACUGCAAUCGCUUAUUCCUUUUACUCGACUGGUUACAGCAAUAUUACGGGCAAUAAGACCCAGAAAGCGCAACGUAAAACUUGAACUCAAACAGAAAAACAGAACUGCGACGAGUGUGAAGGCGGAAAAGUAUAGCUUUCAAGACGUAAAGGCAUGGACUUUGUCGAUCCAGUUCUAGGUAUAGCUGAGAAGGUUUAUUCCCUCUGUAAUGAAGUGAAAGCAAACCGAAAAAAAUGCCAACGGUUGGCUGAACGGAUUAAAGCCUUGUCUGUGCCAGUGCGUGUCAUUAAGGUUAAAGGACCAAAAGAUGUACCGGAAGUAGUGCUACAUGGCCUUAAAGAGCUAAAGGAUACUUUAGAAUUGGCACAGGCAUUUGUAACAAACUAUGGCUUCCUACAUAGGAUUCAGAAGAUUAUAAAGGCAUAUGACAUAGCUGAUGAAUUUAAUCAGCUGAACGAUCGACUCAACGAUGCCUUUCAAGUUCUUGUACUUUGCCUUCAUGCUGAACAGAAAAUACAGCUUGAGAGAACCUUCGAUGUGGCAAAUCGAAUAAAAGAGGACCUGGAAGAUGGCGAAGAUGACAAAAAGGAACUGGAAAUAUUGCAAAAGGAAACUAUUGAUAAAAUCUCUGCAGUGAAGGAGACUGUGGAUUCUACACAGUCAAAUGUGGAAGAGAUAAGGAAACUUCUAGAGAAUAUGAAGAAGCCAAGCAGUCAGGAGAUGAAUAUAAGAGAGAUCCUUUGGGAAGAACUUACACUUGAUGCUAAACCUUUUAUGACAACAGAGAGCUCGGUGGUCUACAAGGGGGAGUUCAAUAAAUUUACUGUUGCUGUAAAGAGGUACAUCUGCAACACAAGCACAGAUGCAGAUGAGGUUCGAAAGGUAUUUGAAAAGGAAGUUAAAACUAUGAAGUAUUUCGAAUCUCCAAACAUACUUCGAAUGUUUGGAAUCUGUAUAUUCAAUGAAACGGGCAAAAGACCUGACUUUCUUAUUGUCAUGGAAUUCUGUGAGUUUGGCAGCCUGCGAGAAGUCUUGGAUGGCAAACACAAACUUCCCUGGACCAGAAAGGUUUGGAUGUGCUUAGAAGCUGCUCGGGGACUUUACAGGCUACAUCAGACAGAGGAGAAGUUCAAAGUACAUGGCUGUAUUACUAGUAGCAAGUUCCUGGUAGACUCUGGAUAUAGAAUUAAGCUAGGAGGAUUUGAGCUAGCUGCAACACAGACCUCCUUGAUGAAGAGCAAAACCAAAAAGUCCACUACCCUAUACUACAGUUCUCCACAGCAACUGGAGAAUGCCAAUUGGCGUUACAACCGGUCCUGUGAGAUUUACAGUUUUGGAAUUGUCAUGUGGGAGGUAGCAUCAAGAAAAAUCCCUUUUCAAGGAUGCUCAAAAGAAACGAUCUUUGAAAAAGUGUGUAUUGAGAAAUAUGUUGAACCCCUUCCAGAUGACUGCCCUCGUGAUCUAUCUGUCUUGAUCAAUCAAUGCCGGGAUUUUGACCCUUUGCUUAGGCCAACUGCUGGAGCACUGGUUGAUAAAUUGCUGAAGGUAACAAAAGCUUUAGACAAAGAAGACUAAUGACAUUGGGAGUAUUAUUCCUCCAGUUUGACCAAACUUUUUAACAUUGUUUGAUCAGCACAGUAACGUGACAGAAGCUACAUCUAGUAAAUAUGACACAUUCUUAAUUUCUGAUUUCUUUUUAAUAAAUAUACCUAAUUUGUUGGGCUGCA